AAUUUAAAAUGCAAAGUGUAUAAUUAUAUUUUAAAAAUAAAAAAAAAAUUAUAUGAAACGGACGAAAAUGAAAAAUACGACAAAUUAUGCGGGGACGGAGUGAGUAUAUAAAAUGAAUGGAGUAUAAUAUAUUUUUAUUUGAAAUUAUGAUUCUGUCCUCGCGUCAAGUUGCUACUGCAAAUCAGAUUCUUUGGGGCAGUGCGAUUCGGCCAUGGUUUUUCGUGCCCGCUAUUUUUCUCUCUUCUGAAUUCUGAAUUCUGAUUCUGAUCCUUUUUCGUUGCGCCUCGGGAGAUGCUCCCGAGUUUUUUACAAUGCUUCCAGAUCUUGCCGUAGAAUCCAUGCCCUAUUUCUCAACGUGUUGGGUUCGCGAUGGAAGAAUUUAUAGCGACUUAAGGUUUAAUCUGGAGAAAAAAAGUGAAUACCAAAUCCAUUGAUUGCAUAGUGUUAAAAAAGCCUUUCUAGUAAGCAGCCAUGCUUAAAGCCCCCGAGCAUCAGGUUGGGGGACACCAUGCUAAAGCCGGACAGCUCGGACCUCUCACCGACGAUUCAGGAAAAUUCUACAAGCCACUUCAGGGCGAUGAGCGUGGAUCAAAUGAGGUUUCUUUCUAUACGUCGUUUUAUUCUAACACAAAAGUUCCUAAAUGCAUCACCAGAUUCUUCCCAAAGUUCUACGGCACUCAGCUUGUCGAGGCAUCUGAUGGAUCCGGCGUAAAGCCUCAUCUAGUUUUAGAAGAUCUGACUUUUGGUAUGGUUAAUCCGUCGAUAAUGGAUGUGAAAAUUGGUUCGCGAACAUGGCAUCCACAAUCGCCGGAGAAUUACUUCAAGAAGUGUUUUGACAAAGAUAAGGCAACCACGAGCCUUUCUUUGGGUUUUAGAUUUUCCGGUAUGCAAAUUUUCGACACCAAAGAGUCGGGAUCUUGGAAGCCGAAGAGGGCAAUGGUUCAGACUCUUUCUGCUAAUGAAGUCAGUUUAGUUCUGAAAAAGUUUGUCUCUUCUAACGCUUCCGAGCCACUUAACUCGAACGACGACUGUGCUUUUGCAUCGGCUGUUUAUGGAGGUCCCAACGGUGUUUUAUCACAGUUGAUCGAAUUGAAGUCGUGGUUCGAGAAUCAGACUGUUUAUCAUUUCUACUCUUGCUCGAUUCUUGUGAUGUUUGAGAAGGAGCGCGCCGUUAAUGGAGAAAACCUUUCUCCGGUGAUCAAGCUCAUCGAUUUUGCUCAUGUUUAUGAAGGAAAUGGCGUAAUCGAUCAUAACUUUUUAGGCGGGCUCUGCUCUUUGAUUAAGUUUGUCUCUGAUAUUGUGACUGCAGCCGAUGAUUUUCUGGAUGACGCUCGGAGUCUUAAGGCUUUGGAUAACGGCGCUUGCGCCUGAAAUGGUCGAGCAUUUUUUUAUGUUCGGGUCUUGGGCGAUCGAUGUUCUUCGAGUUUGUCGGCUUUCUUCCUUCCAAGUAAGGUUCUUUUUUCUUUAAUAAGUAGUGUCUUGCUGUUUGCUUGCUUAUGUUAUGAAAUGUGAUCAUGCUGAAGCUUAAGUUUCUGUAUUCAUUUAUCCUUCAAAUUUUUAAAUCGCAAAAAAAAUAUAUAUAUAAUUAAGAUAA